CUGCCGCCCCGCCGCUGCCGCCGCAGUGACAGGCGAGCCGGGCGGGUGACGGGAAGUGCGGGCCGCGGGCGCGGGCGGGAGGUGACAGCAGCCACGCGGGGAAGAUGGCUGAGGACUUCGGCUUCUUCUCGUCGUCGGAGAGCGGGGCCCCCGAGGCCGCCGAGGAGGACCCGGCGGCCGCCUUUCUGGCCCAGCAGGAGAGCGAGAUUGCUGGCAUCGAGAAUGACCCCGGUUUCGGGGCACCUGCCGGCAGCCAGGUGGCCUCUGCGCAGCCGGGACUCGCGAGCGGGGCUGGUUCUGAGGACAUGGGGACGACAGUCAAUGGAGAUGUGUUUCAGGAGGCUAAUGGGCCUGCCGAUGGCUAUGCUGCAAUUGCCCAGGCGGACAGGUUGACUCAGGAGCCUGAGAGCAUCCGAAAGUGGAGAGAGGAACAGAAGAAGAGGCUGCAGGAGCUGGACGCUGCCUCUAAGGUGACUGAACAGGAGUGGCGGGAGAAGGCCAAGAAGGACCUAGAGGAGUGGAACCAGCGCCAAAGCGAGCAGGUUGAGAAGAACAAGAUCAACAACAGGGCAUCCGAAGAGGCCUUUGUGAAGGAAUCCAAGGAGGAGACCCCAGGCACGGAGUGGGAGAAGGUAGCCCAGCUGUGUGACUUCAACCCCAAGAGCAGCAAGCAAUGCAAAGACGUGUCCCGCCUGCGCUCGGUGCUCAUGUCCCUGAAGCAGACACCACUGUCCCGCUAGGUGCCUGCCGUUAAGAAUGGCCACAAAGCAUGGGCCUUGCUGGGGCAGAGGAGCAGCUGCUUCAGCCAGGGUGGAACUUCCUCUGGCAGCUGCCACACACAUCCUGUUCUGUUCCUCUGCUUCUCUGGGAGCUGGGAAGUGGGACCCUUACCCCUUUGAACCCCCACUCCCUCCUGGCCCCAUGUUCCAGCCCCUCAAGACUCCUGAGUUCACUCAAUUGUGACUGUCCCUCCUGAUGUAUUUUUUCUUGGCUUAAAGGGUAUGUUAACUCUU